AUGCCAGGUACAACGUUUAAAGUUGUAGCAAAUCCGUUACAUCAUCAUGGUGGAUUACAUAUUGUACAUUUGAAAGAAAUUCUUGAUGAUGAUGAUGAUGAUGAAGACGAUGAUGAACAACAAGAAGCACGUGGAUUGUCAACUUCAAGUGCUUCGGUUGCUACAUCUAUGGCGCAGAAAUUCGGCAAUAUAAGUUUAGGUAGGAAAAAGAAUUUUCAAAAUAGCUAUCGCAAACAUGGAUAA